AUGGAGGAGGCGGAGGGCCGUAUCUCACAAAUAGAGGAUGUGACAGAGAGGCUGACGACAGAUAAAGAUGCUAAAGAAAAGGAGAUAAAAGUUUUGUGGGACCGUCUUCAAAUACUUGAAAACUAUAGUAAGAGAAACGAUGUAAGGCUCGUGGGGUUGAAAGAGAAGUAUGAAACGAACAGCACCUUGGAGAGCUGUGUGAAGAAAGUUCUGAGUGCAGGCCUGGGGAUCGAUAUGGAGGGGGAAUUCGAAAUUGAGAGAGUUCAUCGAAUACUGGCCCCCAUGCCGAGUGAGGAUCAACCGCCGAGACCGCUGCUGAUCAGGUUUUUGAGACAAUCAGCGCGGGAGAAAGUUCUGCGAGCCGUGCGGGAACUCUGUGGAAUCGAGUGGGAGGAUGUUAAGUUAUCCGUGUUUCCCGACAUGACGAAGGAGCUGGCUGAAAAAAGAAAGACUUUUUUGUCUGCCAAGAAAUCGCUUCAACAGUUAAACGUGAGAUACACGCUUGCUUUCCCUGCUACUCUGAGAUUUACUUGGAAAGUACAAUCAAGCAUUUCAACCUAUUUAUCUUCCACUUUAGGAGCUGCAGACUGCAUUACCUGUCCUGAAGAGUACUGGUCUAAUGAAAAGAAAGACAAGUGCAUCAUGAAAAUAACAGAGUUUCUUUCAUACACAGAAACAAUGGGGAUUGUUCUAAUAGGGAUGUCAGUAUUAGGUUCUUGUUUAGCAUUUUCUGUUAUGGUGGUUUUCAUGUAUUUUAGGGACACACCAAUAGUAAAAGCGAAUAAUUCUGAGCUGAGCUUACUAUUACUUCUUUCUCUUAUAUUUUGCUUCCUCUGUCCUCUCACAUUCAUUGGCGAGCCCACAGUUUGGUCUUGCAUGUUGCGUCAUACAGCAUUUGGUAUCACUUUUGCCCUCUGCAUUUCUUGUAUCUUGGGAAAAACCAUAGUUGUAGUAACUGCCUUCAGAGCAACACUACCUGGGAAAAAUGUUGCGGGACAUUUUGGGCCACUUCAACAAAAGGCCAUUGUGUCUUUAGGCACUUUAUUGCAGAUAGUUUGUUGUAUUAUUUGGCUAAAUGUUGCACCACCAUUCCCUAAUAAAGUUUUUGAGCAAAAAAGUAAAAAAAUAAUUUUAGAAUGUAACACAGGCUCAGAUGCUGCAUUUUAUGCUGUCUUGGGGUAUAUUGGCCUUCUUGCUUUUAUUUGUUUGGUCCUCGCCUUUUUAGCUAGAAAACUACCUGAUAAUUUUAAUGAAGCCAAAUUUAUCACAUUUAGUAUGCUUAUAUUCUGUGCAGUUUGGAUCACCUUUAUUCCAGCUUAUGUCAGCUCUCCUGGAAAACAUACAGUAGCUGUAGAAAUAUUUGCGAUUUUGUCCUCUGCUUUUGGCCUACUUUUAUGCAUUUUUGCACCAAAGUGUUACAUAAUUUUACUCAAACCAGAGAGAAACACAAGAAAACAUGUAAUGGGAAAAGCCCAUUAA